UUCACGAAAGGCUAUUAUUUAGACCGAUAAGACUGAGAGGUGUCAGAUUUAACGAUGUCUGUUCCCAAGUCGGUUGCUUUGCCCGGGGGUGACCAGAUUCCGGCCGUGGGGUGCGGGACGUGGACCGUGUGGGAGGCUGCACCUGGCGCUGUCCGGGAUGCAAUUAAAGCUGCUAUCGCGGAGGGCUACAGACACGUGGACUGCGCAUGGGUGUAUGGAAACGAGCAAGAAGUCGGAGAAGCGAUACAGGACAAAAUCAAGGACGGUACCGUUGCGAGAAGCGACUUGUUUGUCACAACCAAGCUGUGGGACACCGCUCACAGGCGCGGCGCCGUCACGGAGCAGCUGAAGAAGGCCCUUGCAAGGCUCAGCCUGGACUACGUUGACCUCUACCUUAUCCACUGGCCCACCUCAUUCAAGGAAGGUGACAUCGAUUUCCCAAAGGACGACAACGACAAACACAUCUUCGAGUUCCAUGAUAUCCAGGACACAUGGAAGGGUAUGGAAGAUGCGAAGGAUGCAGGACUGACAAAGAAUAUCGGCAUCUCUAACUUCAACAGCAAACAGGUGCAGAGAGUGAUUGACGGGGCUCGCAUCAAGCCGUGCAACAUCCAGAUCGAGGUGAACCCCUUGUUCAGUAACGCAAGGCUUAUCGACUUCUGCCGGGAACGGGGACUAACGGUCACAGCCUACGCUCCCUUCGGGAGCCCCAAUAGGCCAUGGAAGAAAAGUGACGACCCUGUGUUGUUCGAGCAACCAAUCUUGAAAGACAUCGCUGCCGCCAAAGGGAAAAGUCCUGCGCAGGUGUGCCUGAGGUUCCUCCUCCAGCGGGGCUUGGUCGUCAUCCCAAAGAGCGUCACACCCUCAAGGCUGAAGGAAAACUUCCAGUUGUACGACUUUGAAUUGUCUGAAGCCGAGAUGAAACAAAUGUUCAGUCUGAACAGAGAUCACCGCGUGUAUGGACAGGAAAUAACACUCGACCAUCCGGAGUAUCCAUUUUCAAUUCCCUUCUGAAGCCACAUGAUACUUCAUUAUUGUCCUGGUCCAGACGGACACCGGUCAUGACUAAUAUAUACAAUAAAACAAAACAUCUACGGAA